AUGGCCUCCACUGCUACCACUGUCCCCACCAAGGAGCAGGUUCUCGUCCCCGAGACCCUCCUGAAGAAGCGCAAGAGCCAGGAGCAGGCUCGCGCUGUCGCCCGUGAGGAGGCCGAGAAGAAGAAGGCCGCCAACAAGGAGAAGCGCGCCGUUAUCUUCAAGCGUGCCGAGUCCUACGUCAAGGAGUACCGCGAUGCUGAGCGCGAGAAGAUCCGCCUUGCCCGCGUUGCUCGCAAGGAGGGUAACUUCUACGUUGCUGACGAGCCCAAGCUUGUCUUCGUUAUCCGUAUCAAGGGUAUCAACAAGAUCCCUCCCCAGCCCCGCAAGAUCCUCCAGCUGCUCCGUCUGCUCCAGAUCAACAACGGUACCUUCGUCCGUCUUACCAAGGCUACCCAGGAGAUGUUGACCAUCAUCAACCCCUACAUUGCCUACGGUUACCCCAACCUCAAGUCCGUCCGUGAGCUCGUCUACAAGCGCGGUUACGGAAAGGUCGACAAGCAGCGUGUUCCCCUCACUGACAACCAGAUCAUUGAGGAGAACCUCGGCAAGUACGGCAUUGUCUGCAUGGAGGAUCUGAUCCACGAGAUCUACACCGUUGGCCCCAACUUCAAGCAGGCCAACAACUUCCUGUGGCCCUUCAAGCUCUCCAACCCCACUGGUGGCUUCCACACCCGCAAGUUCAAGCACUUCAUCGAGGGUGGUGACUACGGUAACCGUGAGGAGAACAUCAACGGCCUCAUCCGCCAGAUGAACUAG